GAAAAAAAAAAAAAAAAACAAAACAAAUUUCGUUUUAGGCUACUCGUACAUCGACGCAAACGGUUUGAUGCAGACUGUCUCCUACACGGCCGAUGCCGAGAAGGGCUUCCAAGUCCACGCGAGCAACAUGCCUGGCCGUGACAACCUGAGUCCAGUGGAGGACACGCCCGAGGUAGCCCUGGCCAAGCGACGCCAUCUUGACCAGCUGCACCGAGUCGAGUCUUGGCAGAACCAGCAGCAACCGUGGCUCCAACGUCAAUACCACCACCAGCAGCAGCAGCAACCGGAACAGGACAACUACAACCACGAGGCUGAGCAGCCAGUGUCCCGAUCACAAAAGUCCAGGAGUCCUUUUCUACUAAGUUCCGAGGAGGCCCGUAGUAUCCCACCAGCCCCACGGCCUAGCAACGCCAUCGUCGCCGAGUCCGCAGCUGCAGGUGGUGCUAGUGGUCCUAGUAACGCCGAUGUCGAGUUUCCGCGUCGCUUCACCGCCACCUCGGCCAGUGCCCAUCACCACUACCAGCUUAUACCAACUGCCGCGGCUCUGCCGCUGGUGAUGCCCCUUCCGUUGAUUCACAGCUCGAUGAGGCACAGCCAGGACUCGCUUGGACAGUACGAGUACAGCUACACCGGGGACACGAGCGCGAAAACCGAGUCCCGCUCCCUCGAUGGCACGACUCGAGGGGCUUACAGUUACAUAGAUGCCAAUGGGUUGCUGCAACAGGUGCACUACAUUGCUGACAGGGAUGGCUUUCGCGUUUUGGCCACUAACCUACCCGAGGCUUAA